AUGAAAGUCAUAUUCGAUGGAUUAUGCCGAGACGAUGAUGGCUUACUUCAUGUCAUGAAGGCGAAGCCUGUCGUUGUGAACGAAUGUCGUCCAACAGAGAAAUUAUUUGGAAUCACACGACGUCUAGUUGAAGAGCUGUCGCAGAAGGACAUCGAUUGCCUCUACCGCCAGUUACGAGUCACUAAAGAGAGUCACAACGUGCGCGUGGUAUUUGUGAAGGGGACCGACGACAUGACUCGAUACGAUGUUGAAAAGAUUUUUGCUGAGUAUCAUCCUUGUCGUGUGGAAAUUAUCGACAAGACCUCUUGUCUAAUGAGUUUUGCCAGUCGUGCCGAUUGUGUACGAAUGAUGAUUGGAAUGACAAAACCUCUUCGACGUUUUCGUGCAACGAGAGAGGCCGAGGAUGGUGAAUUAACGGACUCUGAUGGGGAAGAAGAAGAAGGUCAGAUUAAACUCGAAAAAGGAGAUGAUGUAGCAUUGGUCGCUCAUGCCGGUGCACCUCAGUGUCGUACAGAGUGUGCCACUUCAGUCGUCGCCCACGAUAUUAAUAAUCCACUUCCUGCGAUUCGGGACACCGUGAAUUGUCUUCCGCUCGACCUCUACUGGGAUGGAAUCGCAGUCGCUCUCGGCACACACAUUUCUUGA